CGAAAGGUACCCGUAUGGCACAACGCACCUCACAUAGUUUUGUGCUUGAAUAUUAUGUGUGUAAAUGUCGGCUCUAAAAAUGAAUAGCACACCUAUAAAACAAAACCACGAUACGAAAUAAUGGAAUUAGCUUAAAAAAGACAACUGCAAUACAAGCAAUUUGAACAAAUAGCAUGCCCAAAAUAUACAGAUUCUUGUUGUUAAAAUCGGGCUCAUAGGACAUUCAAUGAUAUAUAAAGCGCGCAAGGUAUGUUUAUACCAGAAACACUAAGAAGCUGUAUGAUCGAGACGGACGUAUCUUCUUAUUUACAAACAUCAUCGACCGGUCAGGAUGAAUUUCACCCAUUCAUUGAGGCAUUAUUACCAUACGUCAAAUCAUUCUCGUACUCUUGGUUUAACUUGCAAGCUGCUAAACGAAAGUAUUACAAGAAACACGAGAAGCGUAUGUCAUUGGAAGAAGAAAGGCAUUGCAAAGACGAGCUACAGAAUGAGAAAACAGAGGUGAAACAGAAAUGGGCGUCACGACUUUUGGGUAAAUUACGAAAGGAUAUAACACAAGAGAGUCGAGAAGAUUUUGUUCAAUCGAUAAUUGGGAAACGUAAAUCGAUUUGUGUCCUAUCGAAUCCCGAUCAAAAAGGAAAAAUGCGACGAAUCGAUUGCCUGAGACAAGCUGACAAAGUCUGGCGUCUUGAUCUCGUUAUGGUUAUACUCUUUAAGGCCAUACCAUUGGAGAGUACAGACGGCGAACGCUUGGAAAAAAAUCCCGAAUGCCUUCAUCCCGGUCUCUGUGUCAAUCCGUAUCACAUAAACGUCUCCGUCAGAGAGUUGGACUUGUAUUUAGCGAAUUUCAUCAAUACGCAUAACUCAUCGAUAAGUACGAUCUCCACUUCGGUGCUUACCAGUCGAUCGGCCCAAGUUGCCAUUUGUAAUCAAAUUCGAAACAAUAAUAUACCAGCUGACCGAAAAGAUGACAAUGAUAUUGAUGCAAAAACAAAAGGUCUUCGGCACAAUCCAUACAAUGGUGUUGUAUGCAACGAUAUUAUCUUGGCCACCGGAGUUUUCUCAUCACAGGAGCUCUGGACACUAUCCAAGGAUUCAAUACUGGAUGAAGUGAGUGAUAAUAGUUUGCAAACAAACAUGAUUAAAAGGGAGAAUCUGGGAACAGCUUUUGACUGUAACACAUAUCAACUGACCCCCGAUUCACCGAUAUCCAGUUCACAGAGUCAGGCACAGGCGGGUGCUAUUGUCUCCAACCCAAUUCCUGGCGGUUACAGCAUUGACUUUGUCGAUCAGAAUCAGAGGACCGUGCAUUUAUCAUCGUCUCCAUUGUUGCGCGCUGACACGACGAAUGGUUCGAGCGAUGCAUGUAAAAUCGACCAAAGUUCUUCGCCUCCAUUAAUUUCAUGUACAUCAACAACUGGCACCGAAAACUGCCUAACUGGCAGUUUCUCUGUCGUGCUACGAUCAGCUGAUAACAUUAAUUCCAACGAUGAGCCAACAGCGGCUUCAACUGAAUCCUCAAUAUCCCUGAAUCGGUAUACCCCAUUAAAUAGUCGGCCAAUCGCAACUAUGCCGGCAAUUCGAUCAGCAGAAGCCAUAUUGCAUCACAACUGCUCGACGUUUCUGACGUCGUCUGUUAGUCCGGUGAAUACGAUCUAUUAUCCACAACAUAGUAGUCCACGACUUUUGACACAUGCGAUAUUAGAUCAGGAACAUGAACACGCCGCACAGCAACAGCAGCAACAGCAGCAACAGCAGCAACAGCAACAGCAGCAACAACAGCAACACCAACAUGGUAACGAUGCACAUGAUAUAACCGAUUUUGUUACAUACGUUUGUCAAGAUGGAGGAGGAGGGCAUUCCACAAGCAUAGCAGCAGCAACUGCAGCAGCCGCAACUUUGGAGAAUCCAGUCUUUCAGCAUGCGCAACAUGCGCAUCAGUUGUCCACACAUCACAGCCAUCAUUCACCACACUAUCAAAUCCAUCCACAGCUGAGAACGACGAAAUUAACAGCAGCUCCAUCAGCAACUCAUUAUCAUAGCACAAUGUUGCCACCGAUGUUGCCGCCGAUGGCUCGACCUGUUGCCAUAAUUCGUACCAGCGCCGAUUUGGCAACGGCUCAGUCGCCAGCCACGUCCUCAUCAACAAAGGGUGGCACGUUGGCCAAUGAGGAUGAGAAUCGUAAUGUCAAUUCUAUGGAUGCAGGCAAUCAAAGUCCAGUUAAUCCAGAGACAGAUCCAAAUACAAAUGCAGAUUGCACAACUUUGGUGGCAAGAUCGUCGCCACAGCCACACCCAGCGACCAGUCCCCAUAUUCAUUCAAACGAAGCUCUUCGAUGUAAAAUGCCAUCGAUUGCCCCGAACUCUCUAACUCGAAUCUCAACGCCACUGUAUCCCACGGCGAAUAGUCGAGAGUAUUUCAAUCACUUCCAUACCCAAUCGACAUCGUUAUUGGGUUAUGCCGGAUCUAUUUCGACAAUGUCUGGUGUUAUGAGCCCAACAAAUCUUAGCCUAUACUCAACACCAACAAUGUCUGUGACCUCUGCACAUCGUUCAAGUGCCAGAUCGCGAUGGAAUAAUGGACUUCCUGAAGACGAGUUCAACUUAAUUCCGCACUCUGUAGCUAGUACAAAUAUAGAAAAUACACAGGUUAUAUUAAUGGAAGAUUCAACGGGUCGUUUUACCGAUGAAUACUCAACAAAUUCAAAUCGUGAUUAUGUAUAAUGAAAUACCAACAGAAUAAUGUGAAUCUAGGCUUUGGGCAAGCUGUAACUGAUAACUGAUAACUGAUAACUGAUAAUAUGUAUUUAGUAAUUUUAAAUUUAUUUAAAUUAAAUUUAAUACAUUGUACAUAUGCAUCAAAGAGAUCAUAGAAAGA